GUUUGUGUUUUGGCAUGCACCAUGGCACAUCUAGAGUCAGGUCAUUCAUACGUCUCGGUCGAGUUUGAAGUAUUCGGAAAAGUACAAGGAGUGUACUUUACCAAAUAUUGCAGAGAUCGAAGCACUGAACUUGAUAUUGUCGGAUGGGUAAAAAACAGUAAAAGAGGUACUAUAAUGGGCAAAAUGCAAGGACAGAAAGCAAAUGUUGAAGAAAUGAUCGCAUGGUUGUCAAACGAAGGAAGUCCCGGAAGUAAAAUUGAGCGAUGUGAUCUAAUGAACUUUGAAUAUUUGGCAAGGAAAGAAUUCAAUGGAUUUAGCAUAAGAUUUUAAACAUCCUUAAAAAGUAAUAUUUUAUUAAUGCAGGUAUUGUAAAAUACAGGAAAACACUAAAAUAUUGGUGUAAAAAAAAGACAUGCAUAUAUUGUUAAAAUUUUUAUACAUUAUUUAUUAUUUUUAAAAAUCGAUACUAGCUCGAAAGGCAAAUACAUAAUACAUAAUAUUUUAUAAUGUAAAUCAAAUUGCUUAAAUAUUAUAAUGUAUUAGAAAAAUGAAUAAAGUAAACUAUUGGUAUAACAAACUAUUAAAAAUAAUAUGUAAUAAGUAUUGUAAAUACACAUCUUAAACUCUAAGAAUUUAGCAAAUAAAAAAUAUUUACAGAUUUUUAA